AUGACUAACAAGGUUCCCUUCUGCCGCUUUGAUCGCCUUACUAAGCAUGACUGCUGCCUAAAGCGGCUCUACUUUAACCCAACGAAAAGGCAAAGUAAACCUGGCAAGUGCGCUCGACCGAAAGAGGAAGAAGAGGAACGAAAAAGGCAGGAAGAAGAAGAAGAAAAACAUCUCGAACGCCGAACAAGAAAAGAAAAAGACGAAAAGCUCGACGAGACGAAGAACGACGAGAAGAAGAACGACGAACGACGACGGCUCAAACAAUAG